GUCGGGCUUUUGAAGAAAAUCUCAAUGUUUUCAUUGUGUUGUGUGAAAACAAUGUUAAUAACAUAUAAAUAUUUGUAUAUCCAUAUAAACCAGAAACAAAUUCUAGAGACGAAAAUAAGAAGUUAAAAUGUCGAAAGAAUUUAGUCAGGCUUUCUCACUUAUUCAAGAAGGUUUAGGAGAAAAACAGGAAGCGAGAAAAAAGUAUGCUCUUGAAAUUCUGGCGAUGGUUUUAACGAUUGUUUUGCAAUAUCUGUAUCAAAAAUUUGCUUUUCACUGUCCACACGAUGCCACUCACUUCAGAUAUUCAAUGUAUUCUAUGUUUGGUCCUCCUAUACUGUUCUACUGCUUGGCCAUUUUGAACAACGAAUCGUUGCAGUACAACAUACAAGGAGUUGCAAGAGGUUGUUUUACGAAGAAAAGUUCAAGAAAUCAGAAAAUGUUGCGUUUAAAUUGGAAGUCUGUUUAUAGUGAUAUUGUGAAAGCUUACAUCAGAUGUUUACUUGCGCCUAUUACUUGGAUCGUGAUAUCCCUGAUCAGAAAAAAGUUUUACGUAUGUGCAAAAGUUGGAUAUGAAAAUAAUUUCGUUGGGCGGUUAAACGCUACUCGUUACGAAGCGGUAGCCACAGCUGGUACAGAAUCACAAACAAUUGGAUUUUCUUGUGUAGUUCUUUCUGUCCUAUUUUUUACAAUACUUACGACCUUUAAGAAAUGUUUUAAAAAUCCCAUUGACGAUCUUCCAAGCUUAGAAACGUUUACAACAUACGAAGCAGAAGUAGCGCGCUAUUAUUUCAAACAAAUCAUUCAAAAUGCUGCGCAGAAAUUUGCAAAGAAGAAAGUUCAACUUAUAAUGGAAAGUAUCAAUGCAGGGCGACUAACACAUUUUUCUGAUGAUGUCACACUGAUGACGUAUGUAAACGCUAUGGCAGCAAGAGAACGAAUGAUGGAUGUGUACCCAGUGCUCGAAAAUCGUUUAAAUCUUCCUUUGCAACGAACUAUGGCUGCGGCUUGGCAAGAUGAAAUCGAAAUUUUCCAGGAUAUUUUGAAACCACGGGAUCAACGAAGACGAAUAUUUUCAGAGGUUGUUGAAAAUUGUUCCAUCAACGAAACCUGUUUCGACAGCAGAGUCGAAAGCAAAGGUGAAAAAACACCAUUGUUAUAACGGCCAUACUUUUUCGUUGGAAAGCUUUCACGUGAAUAUGAAUACACAUGUUUUUUUUGUCUAAUACAAAAAUUUGUUUAAUA